GAAGGGGAAAUAAACCUCUUUGGCUGGAGUAGGGUCCGGGUGAGCAGAUUUCCUUAUCCGGGAAUCGCAGGCCGGGUGGCCAUUGGCUCCGAGGAUCACGUGGGCCCCAACUUUGUUCACUUGACAGUAAGUAGGAGGGCUUUCGGAAACAGGAAAACGAGUCAGGGGUCGGAAUAAAUUUUAGUAUAUUUUGUGGGCAAUUCCCAGAAAUUAAUGGCUAUGAGUUCCUUUUUGAUCAACUCAAACUAUGUCGACCCCAAGUUCCCUCCGUGCGAGGAGUAUUCACAGAGCGAUUACCUACCCAGCGACCACUCGCCGGGGUACUACGCCGGCGGCCAGAGGCGAGAGAGCGGCUUCCAGCCCGAGGCGGCCUUCGGGCGCCGUGCUCCGUGCACCGUGCAGCGCUACGCGGCCUGCCGAGACCCCGGGCCCCCGCCGCCUCCGCCGCCCCCGCCCCCGCCACCGCCCGGGCUGUCCCCUCGGGCUCCCGUGCAGCCACCAGCCGGGGCCCUCCUCCCGGAGCCCGGGCAGCGCUGCGAGGCGGUCAGCAGCAGCCCCCCGCCGCCUCCCUGCGCCCAGAACCCCCUGCAUCCCAGCCCGUCCCACUCCGCGUGCAAAGAGCCCGUCGUCUACCCCUGGAUGCGCAAAGUUCACGUGAGCACGGUAAACCCCAAUUACUCCGGCGGGGAGCCCAAGCGCUCUCGGACCGCCUACACUCGCCAGCAAGUCCUCGAACUGGAGAAGGAGUUUCACUACAACCGCUACCUGACGCGGCGCCGGAGGGUGGAGAUCGCCCACGCGCUCUGCUUGUCCGAGCGCCAGAUCAAGAUCUGGUUCCAGAAUCGGCGCAUGAAGUGGAAAAAAGACCACAAGUUGCCCAACACCAAGAUCCGCUCGGGUGGCACCGCGGGCGCAGCCGGAGGACCCCCUGGCCGGCCCAAUGGAGGCCCCCCCGCGCUCUAGUGCCCCCCCCAAGCAGGAGCUGGAACCUGGGGGGCGGGGGUGGGCAGCGAGCACCGAAGGGGGAUGCGGGGGUAUGGGAGGGUCCCCAGGCUUGAGCCCAGAAAAACCUAUCGACCCUACCCCCACUUUAUCUAUAAGGAAUAAACGCAGAGAAGGGGGGGUAGGGAAGCCUUAUUUAUAGAAAUGACUCUAGGGAGCAGGGUGAAACCCUCCGGAAGCAAGAUUCAAGUCUCUUGCUUUCUUCCUUAAAAAAAAAAAAAGAAAGAAAAGAAAGAAAGAAAAGAAGAAGGAAGAAAGGAAAAGACAGAAAGAGAAAUGGAGGAGCCUGCUGAGCCUGGUUUUCAGCUUUGGUGAAGAUGGAUCCACGUUUCAUCUUUAAUCAUGCCCGGCCUGGGCCCAUCUGUCUUGUUUACUCUGCCGAGGAGAGGACGAGCCUCGGUGGCGACCAUUACCUCGACACUCGCUAACAAAUGAGGCCCGGCCCGGCCGCCGCCUCUGCUGCUGCCGCCGCUGCUGGACCGCAGCCUGGAUUGUCUUUCUUUGUCCCUUACUCCUGACACCCAGCGAAGGCACCCUCUGACUGCCAGAUAGCACAGUGUUUUGGCCACGGUAACAGACACACACAUAACUUCCCUUCCUGUCGGUGCCCACCUUGGGGGUGUGUGUGUGUGACUGCUCACCCGCUUCCACGCUAGGCUUAGAAGGGGGAACAGGAGGGAAGCGAGGGGCGGCCUGCCCAACGUGGGUUUCAGAAUCCGAACCCAAGAAAUAUUAAAAAAAAAAUAAAAAAAGAGAGAUUGAGACACCCAGGAGGACCUUCUGCUAGAAGGGUCCAGCCAGGCCUGGCAGGGUGAGGGGCAGUUGAGUUCUGGGAGCUGGGACUAUCUUCUGGCCAAUCCACAGUUCCACAGCAGAGGCCUUCUCUUAGACUGCAGAUGAAUGUGAACUUAGGGAAUAAAAUGCUGUGGCCCUCCUACUCUGGAAGGACAAUGUUGCAGAGCCUUCUCCCGUUGUUAUCACUCUUGCAUUGUUUAUUAUUAUUAUUAUUAAUAUUAAUAAUAUUAUUAUUAUUUUGUGUCAUGUGUGUCCUCUCUCCUGUUCUCUUUCUGACAUUCCAAACCAGGCCCCUUCCUACCUCCGGGGCUGCCUGAGCCUAGAACCUUUCAUUGGUGUGAAAAUUUGUGUCCUGUACAGAGUGACAACAGAAAUAAAUGUUUGGUUUCUUGUGACCAUCA